AUGGAGGCAAUUAAACGUCUUCUAUCUCGUUCUCAUCGCUCGCACUCCGCAGGACCUCAAUUGCGGCUGCUGCAGCAGCAGCAACAGCAGCAGCAGCAGCUGCUACUGCAGCAGCAACGGCAGCCCGAGGAACCCACCUCCCCCAAAGAGCAGCACGUACAAGCCCCAGCAGCAACAACGCCACCGACACCAGCAGCAGCAGCAGCAGCAGCCACAGCAGCAGCAGCGGCGCGAAGGAUUAAGGCUGUCUCCCCGGCGCCCAAUUCACUGAAAAGCAGCAGCAACAGCAGCAGCAGCAGCAGCAGCACAACACAACAUGAGAGGCUGCUACGAAGGAGGGUCCUUGAAGAUGAUCUUCUGCUUCGCAAGGGGCCCAGGCCUGCUGCUGCUGCUGCAGGUGUCCUGCUGCCUGACGAGGUCUUCUCUUCGCCCCCAGCAGCUUCACCAGAAGGAGCAUCACCGCGUUCAGCAAAGGUAGCAGCCGCAGCAAAAAUAGCAGCAGCAGCAAAAGCAGCAAAAGCAGCAGCAACUGCAGCAGCAGCUCUGCCUGCCCGGGGCGGAAGGAGAACUUCACAGCAAUGGGAGGCCCUAAAUGGUGAACAGCAGCAGCAGCAGCAGCAGCAUCAGCAGCAAAAACAGCAGCAUCAGCAACAGAAUCAGCAAAAGCAGCAGCAAAAGCGGCAGCAGCAGCAGAAGCAGCAGCAUCACCAGCACCAGAAGCAGAAGCAGCAGCAGCAGCAGCAAUCUGAGGAGGCAACUCUGCAAAUGCUGCUGCAGCUGAAGCCAUCGAAGCAGCUCGACGAUGCAGCAGACCCCUCACCUGCAGCAAAUAGCUCCUCCAUGACAGCAGCAGCAGCAGCAGCAGCAGAUUCUGCUGCUGCUGCUGCUGCCUUGCUGCUGUCGCCAUGCGGUUCUGCUGCUACGCCCCAUACUUCUCUCUCUCCUCUGGGGUCUGCUGCUGCUGCUGCGCCUCCAGCAGCAGCAGCAGCAGCAGCAACGCCUGCCAGGGCAGCAGAAACUUGCGCGGCCUCCAUCUCUUGUCCUUCUGCUGCUGCUGCUGCUGCUGCUGCUGCUCCUCUGCUGCUGCCUGGGCGCAGCAAAGCAAGGGUGCUUCCAGAGAUUCCUCCGCUUGGGGUCUUAGGGUGUAGCGUUGCUGCUGCAGCAGCAAACGAGAAGCAAGAGAAAGGAGACAGCAACUCUGCUGCAGUGCAGCAGCUUCCGUCGGUGAAAAGAGAGACAUACGCAUUUGAUGCUGCUGCAGCAGCAGCAGCAGCAGCAGCUCGGGCUGCGAGAGCCACAGCAGCAGCAGCCGCCGCUGCAGCUGCAGCAGCUGCAGCAGCAACAAAAACAGCAGAAACAGAUGAAGAUGACACACCCUCCACCUGCCCACAAACAUCUCCUGAUGCUUCGCCGUUGCUGCUGCUGCAGCAGCAGCAGCAAAAGCAACAGCAGAAGCAGCAGCAAAAGCAGAAGCAAAAGCAGCAGCAACAAAAGCAACAGCAAAAGCAGCAGCACAUGCAGAGCAGCUGCAGCCCUCUUUACGGCACUCGUUUCUCUUCCGAAUCAGAGGCAGCAGCAGCAACGUCAGCAGAAACAGCAGCAGCAGCAGCAACAGCAGCAACAGCAGCAGCAGCAGCAGCAGCAGCGAGGCGAUACGAAUCCGCUUCGCCUGCACAGCAGCAAAAAACAAAAACAAAAAAAAUCCAAACACUGCAGCAGCAGCAGCUGCUGCAGGAGCAACGGCAACGCUACGAGCAGCAACAGCAGCAACACCGGCAGCAGCAGCAGCAACACCGGCAGCAGCAGCAGCUGCCUUCUACUGCUGCUGCUGCGGGUGGUGAGACACCCGAACUUCCUCUGAUGCCUUCAGCGCUUAUCCGCCCUUCCCCCACACUAAGAAAGCUGGUGCAGCAGCAGCAGCAGCAGGAGCAGCAGCAGCAGCAGCAGGAGCAGCAGCAGGGGCAUGGAUGUCGCAGCAGCCGCGGCUCGCCUCCGGCCUAUCGAAGGCUGAAGCAGCAGCAGCAACCCGAACUGCAGCAGAUGCUGCUGCAGAUGCUGCUGCAGCACGAACAGCAACAGCAGCAGCAGCAGCAGCAACAGCAGCAGCAGCAACAGCAACAGCACGUUUUUCAAGAACAGCCGUUACAGCAGCAGCAGACACAUGCACAGCAGCACCAUUUGCACCAGCAGCAGCAGCAGUUGCAGCAGCAGCAGCAGUUGCAGCAGCAGCAGCAACUUCAAUACGAGUGUCACAACGGACAACAGCUACAACUGCAGCAGCAGCUGCAGCAGCAGCUGCAGCAGCAGCUGCAGCAGCAGCUACAACAGCAACAACAGCAGCAGCAGCAGGAACAGCAGCAGCACCACCAAAAGGAACUCCAGGAGCAGCAAACAUAUAGGGCUAUGCGCCGCGGUAGCUGCAUCACUUCCCGUAGAAGCAGCAGCAACAGCAGCAACAGCAGCAGCAGCAGCAGCAGCCGCAGCAGGGGCCAGGGCUACUGCUACGGAAAUGGGUGCAUGCGUGUACACUGCAGCGCUGCAGUCGGCGCCGAACAGCAACAGCAGCAGCAGCAGUUGCUGCACCUGCAGGAUGCAUGCAGCAGCAGCCCCCCGGAAUUGGCAGCAGCAGCAGCAGCAGAAGCAGCAGCAGGAUUAUACUGCUGCGCACUUGUGACAGGGAUAGCAAAUGACUCUCUCCACAUGCAGCAGCAGAUACUACAGCAGCAGCAGCUCGAGCAACUGCAGCAGCAACAGCAGGAGCAGCAGCAGCAAGGCGAGCAACAACAGCGGCAGGAGAAGCAGCAGCAGGAAGAGUUGCUUCGGUCAUCCAAUUCCGACGGGCGCCUGCAGCAGCUGCAGCAGCAGCAGCAGCAUCUGCUGCAGCAGCAGCAACAAACACAAGAGUGGAAGGAAAAGCAGCAGGACGAGGAGCAGCAGCAACAACAACAGCAGCAGCAACAGCAGCAGCAGCGACAGCAGCAACAGCAGUCUUCGCUGCAUUUGCUUCCCCACGAGAGAAAUCAGCUGCUGCUGCAGCACCAAAUGAAAUGCGCCGUUGCGCAGCAGCAACAGCAGCCGCAGCAGCAGCAGCAACAUCACCAACAGAUGCAGCAGGAGCAGCACCAGAAGCGGGAGCUGCAGCAUGAACAGCACCAGAAGCAGGCGCAGCAGCAGCAGCAGCGGGAGCAGCAAGAUCAACAGCCGCAAAGGGAUUUGCUGCAAAAGGAAUGGCCGGAGUACGAAGCUGCUGCUGAUGCUGCAGCAGCUGCUGCAGCUCCAGCAGCAGCAACACCAGAAACAGCGCCAUGCACAGGCAACAACUCCAGCGAAAAUCCCUCGCCCGUCACUCAGCAGCAGCAACAGCUACAGCAGCAGCAGCAGCAACAGCCGCCGCCACAGCAGCAGCAGCAGCAGGAACAGCAGCAGCAGCAGCACGAGUGUUCGUAUCUCUAUAAAGAACGCGAGAGAAGCUUACAGGAGCAUCGGAAGCAGAUUGCUGCUGCAGUUUCCAAUUUUAAGAGCAUCAGCAGCAGCAGCAGCAGCAGCAACAGCAGCAAUGAACUGCAGCAGCAACAGCAGCAGCAGCAACAGCAGCAGCAGCAACAGCAAGCAGCACAACCUGUUCUAAAAUGUCCUUCUCUCUCCAUGAAUUCUCUUUCAUUUCUCCAGCUGGAGGCGGUUAGACAGGCGGCUAACAAGGCUCCGGAGGACCGCACGCGUGAGGAUUUGGAGGCUCUGAGUGCUGCGCUGUCUACAGUUGUAUUUUUUUCACGUUUAGACAGCCAAACAAUUUAUCUUUUGUCGGUUUGCAUUAAAUACGAAGUCUUUGAAGUUAAACAAAAAAUAUUCUCCUUCGGUGAUUACGGGGAUAAAUAUUAUUUAAUACUUACAGGCAGAGUUGCUGUUGAAGUGCCUCUCAAUAAACCCAAGCAGCAGCAGCAGCAGCAGCAGCAGCAGCAACAGCAGCAGCAGGAGAAUGGGCCGAAGAAAGAACAGCAGCAGCAGCAGCAGCAACAGCAACAGCAACAGUUGCUGCAGCCUACGGAUCAGCAGCAGCAGCCACCGGAUCAGCAGCAACAGCAACAGCAACAGCAACAGCAGCAGCAGCAGCAGCAGCAGCAAGAAGAGGAGCAGCAAAUGCUUCAGGUAGCAACGCUCGAAGCAGGCGCUGGGUUUGGGGAGAUGGCUCUGUUAGAAGACAAACCGAGGAGCGCAACAAUCGUUGCACUAGAACCCGUUGAAGCACUCUGUAAAUCAGCUGCUGCUGCUGCUGCUGCUGCUGUUGCGAUGGCAGUAAUGAUAGUGGUAGCAGCAUCAGCAGCAGCAGCAGCAGUAAUUAUCGUGGUAGCAGAAGCAGCAGCAGCAAUGACAGUGGUAGCAGCACGAGCAGCAGAGGCAGCAACAGCACUUAUUAUAGUGGUAGCAGCAGCAACAGCAGCAGCAGCAGCAGUAGCAGCAGUAGCAGCAGCAGCAGCAGAGGCAGCAGCUUUAAUGAUAGUGGUAGUAGGAGGAGCACGAGCAGCAGAAGUAGUAGUAGUAGCAGUAGCAGCAGCAGCAGUAGCAGUAGUGAUAUUGCGUCAAGGUCAAGAAGCAACUCAAGUGGUAAUUGUUCAGCGCGGGGGGCGCACCGCCCGUAGGGGACAGCGCGAAGAAGGUGGUGCUGCAGGUUGCGACAUUAGGAAGGUUCGCCACCUAUGGUGCUAG